CAUGAGGUAUAUAUUGUAAAUAUUUAAAUGUAACAUGGUGGAUCCUUAAAAACUAAUCAUUAAUUUUAUUUGUUCAUUGUGUGGCUUUUUUUUUUUCUGGAAAAUCUUUAGGAAAAAAUAGCAUUCAGAAGCCAAAGGACAACAUAUUAUGAUCAAAAUGGAUUUUCUGCUGGCAAUAAUUAUAGUGGGCUUUUGUUCCUGUGUGGUCUUAUGGAUGGUCCACAACUCUUCCAUCAGAAGAAGACUUCCUCCUGGGCCAACUCCACUUCCAUUUUUGGGAAAUAUUUUACAGAUUAAGAGGCGAGAGCUGGUCACAUUUUUGAAAGAGAUGAGAUGCCAAUAUGGAGACAUAUUUACUGUUUAUUUAGGUCCAAAACCAGUGGUGGUUGUAAGUGGGUACCAAUUUGUUAAAGAAGCCUUGUUGCAAUGUGACGAUGCAUUUAUUGGACGAGGAGAAACUCCCUGCUUGGAUGCAUCCUACAAAAACUUUGGUUUUGUGUUCACCAACAAUUUGAAAAGAUGGAGGGAGUUGAGACGUUUUUCUUUAAAAAUAUUAAAAGAUUUGGGGAUGGGAAAGAAGGGAGCUGAAGAAAAGAUCAUAGAAGAGGCACAGCAUCUCGUGAAGGAGUUGAGAAAGAAUACAGUGCCAAUGUUCAAUCCCAAUGACUUCCUCAUCCGAGCAUCCAGCAAUGUUGUUUGCGCUCUCCUAUUUGGACAAACAUUUGACUACGAUGAAAAAGAUAUGUGGUCCUUGAUUCAUGGAAUCCAUGAUACUUUUUAUCUCAUGAGCACUUUCUCUGGACAGCUUUACAGCAUGUUUCCAGGUAUCAUGAAAUACUUACCGGGUAAUCACCAGAAGAUCUUCAAAAAUAUGGAUGAUCUUAUGUCCUUUAUAGAUACAAGAGUCCAGAAAAAUCAAAAGACUUUAGAUAUAAAUUCACCUCGGGAUUAUAUUGAUGCAUUCCUUAUAAAGAUGGAAAAGGAAAAAGAGAAUCCUAACACAGAGUUCAAUAUGAUCAACCUGGUCUGUAAUGCUCUUCAAAUAUUCUUUGCCGGCGCAGAGACAACUAGUACGACACUGAAAUAUGGAUUCCUACUGCUUCUAAAACACCCAGGAGUUCAAGAAAAAAUCCACAAAGAGAUAGAUAUUGUGAUUGGCCGGGACCGAAGUCCCAGGUUCGAGGACAAGAGUCAGAUGCCUUAUACAGAUGCUGUAAUUCAUGAGAUCUUGAGAUUCAGUGACCUGGUUCCUUUCAGUAUGCCACGUGCUGUGACAAAGGAUAUUAAGUUUCAUGGAUAUACAAUUCCCAAGAAUACCACAUCAUUUCUUCUUCUGACAUCUGUUCUGCACGAUCCUGCAUUGUUCCCAAAUCCUGAAAGUUUCAACCCAAAGAAUUUCUUGGAUGAUUAUGGUAGAUUUAAGAAGAAUGACGCAUUCCUGGCAUUUGCAGCAGGAAAGAGGACCUGUUUUGGUGAAAGUCUUGCUCGAAUGGAACUCUUCAUCUUCUUUACUACUGUCCUCCAGAACUUCAAGCUGAGCUCUCCAAUACAUCCUGAGGAUUUAGAUAUUACACCUUCUGUAUCUGGUAUAGGGAAUUUCCCAAGGCCAUACAAACUCUGCAUUGGGUCUCGCUAAUAUUUAUUUUUUCUUCUACACAUUGAGAUGCUUAUAAUCAGUCUAGUUUCUUUGUUUUUAUUCUAUUUGAAUUCCCCUCUGUUGUUCUAGAAUUAAAAUUGCAUUGCACGUCUUCA